AUGACUCUAGCUCACCGAGCUCUUUUUACAUGGUUCAUUGUCUUGGUCUUCCUAAUUCUUGUAUGCCUGCGACUUGAUCCCCGUACCCAUUGGAAUUGGUUCCUGGUCUUCAUACCGCUAUGGGUAUUCGAUGGAAUUCUUAUCAUAUAUGUCAUUAUAAAAAUCGUUAGAAAAUGGAGAAAUCUCAAACGUUUAAAGGAGCUAUUGGUUAAUUACCAAUGGUACAUUGGAGGAGUGCUACUGAAAAUUGCAUCCCAGCUAAUGAUAUGCUUGACGUUGGAAUAUCCAGAACUGGAAAUUUCCAUAUUUGUUACAAUGAUACCCAUAUGGAUAUUGUUGUCAGCUUCGGUGGUUUAUGUUUUCGGAAGAUUGCAUAAAAUUGAAUCCUGGUGACGUCAAGAUCAGAAGGAAAUCAACGAUGAAUGUACUGAGCGCUUAUUUAGUUU